AUGGUCGUUUUAGACAGAAAGCUAUUAGAAAGGUUAACUUCUCGUAAGGUUCCAUUGCAAGAGCUAGAAGAUAUGGAAAAACGAUGCUUUUUAGCCACAUUCUCACAUCAAGAUGCCUUUGAUUUAGGAAGUUAUGUAAGAAACGCAGUUAAAGAGAACUUUCCAGAAAAGCCAGUUGCUAUUGAUAUCUCUCUGCCAAAUGGACAUUGCUUAUUUCGUACAGUAACAUACGGUGGGAGUGCAUUGGAUAAUGAUUUUUGGAUUCAAAGAAAGAAAAAGACAGCAAUUAGAUUCGGACAUUCCAGUUUCUACAUGGGUUGCAAGAAAGGGGAUAAAACACCUGAAGAAAAAUUCUUUGUAGAUUCAAAGGAAUACGCCUUUCACGGGGGUGCUGUCUUGAUACAGUCAGAAAAAAGUGACUACCCCUACGCCUGCUUAACUAUUAGCGGAUUGAAGCAAGAAGAAGAUCACCUAAUGGCGGUUACCUCUCUAGUUGCUUUCGCCAAUGAAAGUUUAGAAGAAGAUCUAAAUCUGGACUAA